GGAGCGAUGACGCGCGAGGGGCGUGUCCUGUGCCUUACUUUCAGUUUAGAUAUGCCGCUAGAGCAGGAAGAGUGUUAUAAAAAACAUAUUUUUAAAGAAAAAGCCCUGAUACUUCAGGAAGAGUCACUCGAGGUCUCCAUGAAGCAAUAAUACACAUAUGGGGUCUGUCGAGUGGAGAUUGUCCGUGGAACAGAAGGAUGGCACAAAGUGAAGACGUGAGGUUUCGUCAGAUGCUGUUAGAAGUGCAGGAGUCUCUGCGGGAUGAUGAUCUGCAGGAUCUGAUGUUCCUCUGCUCUGAUCUUCUCACUUCAAGAGAGCUCAGUACGGUGUCUACGGCCACAGAUCUCUUCACUCAUCUGGAGACCAAACAGUGGCUGUCCACGGACGAUCUGUCUCUGCUUCUGGAGCUGCUCGCCAUCAUAAAACAGCACAGUCUGAUUCGAAAACUGGGUUUAGAUGAAUGUACGGAUGGCGCAACGUACAGACUGAUCUCACCGUACAGACGGAUGUUGUUUGAUGUGUCACAAUCCAUCACUGAUGAGGACCUGAAAAAGAUCAAAUUUAUGCUCAUACGAACGCUGUCACGCCAAAAACUGAAGCAGGACAUGACGCUGCUGCACCUGUUUUCAGAGCUGGAGAAGAAAGAUCUCCUGGGUGAAGAUAGGGUGGAUCAUCUGCAAGAAAUUAUCAAAAAUGUCUAUCCCGCUUUGGAAAAAAGAAUUAUUCAGUAUAAAACUGAGAGAGAAAAUGACAUUGCUCAGGAGACUGAGAAUAAUGCAUCCAUGUCCAACAUUCCAGUUCAGCCAUUUCUCACGCCAUCCCCGUCAUCAGAUGACAUGCAGGAUCAGAUGGACAGACUCAGUCUGAAUGAAGCUUCUGGGGUCAGUGAAGAUCAGAGUCAGCGUCUGGACAUCAGCUCAGUGACUGAAAGUGAGAAUGUGUCUGUGACUGAGCAUCCAGAGAUCCUGCAGUAUGAGAUGAAGGGCGACAGGAGGGGGAUGUGUGUCAUUUUCAAUAACUGUAACUUCAGUGGAAGCGGUUUCCGGGUGAGAGAAGGAACGGACAUCGACAAAGAGAGUUUGAAAAGCGUAUUCCAGUGGCUGGGCUUCGAGGUCCGGACCGAACAGGACUGUGAUAGAAGGCGAAUGCUGGACGUCUUAAAGGGUCUGUCCGGUCGCGACCACACGCAAGCGGAUUGUGUGGUGUGCUGCGUGCUGAGCCACGGAGACGUGGAUGCCGUAAUCGCGACGGAUGGAAAGAGAGUCACCUUUAGGGAGCUGAUGGAGCCUCUGUGUCCACUCCAGUGUCCUUCCCUCAUCCAUAAACCCAAACUGUUCUUCAUCCAGGCCUGCAGGGGCAACGAAGAGCAGAGAGCGGCGUGGCCGCAGAAUAACCGAGCUGAUGAGAUGUUGGUCAGUGACGCGCGGAUGCCCAGGGACUCCACAGCUGAGGCCGCUGACUUCUUGUUAGCCAUGUCCACAGUACCUCACUAUGUGUCCUUCAGAGAGAAAGAUAAAGGAACCUGGUUCAUACAAGCCCUCUGCGACAACAUGAAACUACUGGUGCCAAGGUCUUCCUGUCACACCAGCACCUUGCUGAUGGAAAGCUCGGUCCACACUAACCGGUCUCUCUGUGUGUGUUUGCAUUCAUGUAGCGGUGUGGAUCUGCUGACCAUUCUGACACGAGUGAACCAUGACGUGAGCAGAAAAUCUGACAGCUCUGGUUCGAGAAAGCAGAUGCCACAACCGGAGUUCACCCUCACCAAGAGAGUGGUUUUCCCCAUUCCUAAAACCCAUCCACCCCAGUGAGGAAAAAUAGCUUAGCUCUGCAUACCGUGGUAGGCUUUGUGAGACCAGUUUUAUUGCACCUUAUGUUGUUUACCUCGUUUGUAAGUCGCUUUGGAUAAAAGCGUCUGCUAAAUGACUCAAUGUUAAUGUGAUGUCAACUCCUGUCCAUACACCAGCUUAUGUACUUGAUGUUUAUCCUAAAACCUGUUUACAUGGACGAGCUGUGCACGUGCUGUACUGUACAUGGUUUGGUUUGCGUGUUUCAAAUCAGGGCGAAAGUCACGUUUAACCAAACCUGCUGUAAUACUGUAGCUCAAGAAUUUUCUACAAUAAAGGAACUUUAUAUAUUUUUAAUGAACUGUUUUUCUAGAUUAAAAUCAGCUGGCAGGAUAAAUGCCUUCUGUUCAAAAGAUGUAGAAAUCUCAAAGCACUCAGGGACGUUUACUGUGCGUAAAUGAAUAAUCAUUUAAAAACGGAAUUGCCCUUAGAUCAAACUUUACCUCAAAACAAUCUAAGAAAUAAGGAAAAUAUUUAAUGUUGAUGAAUGUUAAGAAUGUCAUAAUAAACAGUAUACACUAAACUUGGUAAAGAGCUCUUUGUACCUCCGCAGAAUCAAAACACAGACAUGCUGAAACACCGCCUAACCAAAAACAGUUUUUGUGUGAUUAUAUGUUAUAUAUAAUAUUAUUCACUUUGAUGAUGACACACACUUCUGACGUUGUUUCACAGAAUUUAUUUCUAUUUUUGGCACUGACAAUUGGGAAAAAGUCGUACAAGUCAUCAUCAGCAUUUUCAGCUCAUGGCGUUUCCGUGACUAUAUAAAAAAGGUCGAGUUUUUUACCUUUGCAGUCGACUCUUGAGUAUUUAAACCUAAAUCUGUCUAGCUAAAUCUAUAUAAGGUCUACUCUAUCUAAACAUUUACACCGUGUCUACAUCGGACACGACGCGACAAAAGACAAUAAAACGCAUUAGAACCUAAUUUUAAAUGUUGUCGCGUCGCGCCACGUCCGGUGUAGACACGGUGUUAGAAGCUUUUUAACAGUAUUGAAGUUCACAUUUUGUCCUCUUAUUGACCGAUUUAUUGACUUUAUGACAUCGUUAAUUAGUCAACGAAAAAUAUUUUUUAAUUUAAAAUUUAAAAAGAUAAUUAUAAACAUUUCAGAGUGUUCAAGAGUGGUGUAUAUCGUAUUUAUAUCGUACAGUUUAGUUAAACUGUGUGUUAAAGAGUACAUUCCUCAAUAUUUUUAAGGGCUUAUUUUGGUUUAUGGAGUGUCCGACAACAAGUUUAUGUACAUACAUGAUGUAAAAAUACUAUUAUUUCGUAAUAAUAAGCAGUUUUUAUUACCUUACUUCUUGACUGACUCUCAAAUGAUUCGUUCCGCGAUUCAUCUGUGUAAUCUCCGCCUUUCCGC